CCUAAGUUAUUAUUAUGUGUGUGUAUAUAUUCUCAAGAUCCUCUCAACUCCCUCUAUUGUUUCUCUCAAUGUUCUUUUAUAUUUUUCUAAUUACUAUUUGAACCCUCUAGUGUUUGUAGGGGUAUAUAAUUUGUGUCAUUUGUGUUUUUCAUAAAAGAAAAAUGGGAAGACAACCUUGUUGUGACAAAGUUGGGUUGAAGAAAGGGCCAUGGACUGUAGAGGAAGACAAGAAGCUCAUAAAUUUCAUCCUCACAAAUGGCCAAUGUUGUUGGAGAGCUGUCCCUAAAUUGGCAGGGCUAUUAAGGUGUGGAAAAAGUUGCAGACUUAGAUGGACAAAUUAUUUGAGGCCAGAUUUAAAGAGAGGACUUUUAUCAGAACAUGAAGAGAAAAUGGUGAUUGAUCUCCAUGCUCAACUUGGGAACAGAUGGUCUAAGAUUGCUUCUCAUUUACCGGGUCGAACGGAUAAUGAAAUAAAAAAUCAUUGGAAUACUCAUAUAAAGAAAAAGCUCAAGAAAAUGGGAAUUGAUCCUCUCACUCACAAACCACUCUCUAAUACAAGUGACCUAACACAAAAUGAACCUAUACAACAACAACUAAACCAACAACCUUUGACACUUGAUGUUGACACCAAAGUUGAAUCUAAAUUUGAGGAGGUAGAGAAGCAAGAGACUUCAUUUGAGUCAUCAACAAUCACUCAAGUCAAAGAUAAAGAUGAAAUUAUAACACCUUUAUUUGACACAAUGGAGCUAGUUGAUGGAUUUUGCAUAGAUGAAGUUCCAAUGAUAGAACCUUUUGAGAUUCUAGUUUCUUCCACUUCAUCCACCUCUUCAUCAUCUUCAUCAAAUUCAAUUAACUUCCUUGAAGAUUUUAUGCUCCAUGAUUUUGAGUGGUCUUGUAGUAGUAGUAACAAUAAUAAUAAUAAUAAUAAUAAUAAUAAUAAUAAUAAUAAUAAUAAUAAUAAUAAUAAUAAUAAUAAUAAUAAUAAUAAUAAUAAUAAUAAUAAUAAUAAUAAAGACAAGGAAGACAACAAUAACAAUAUGGCAUUUUGGGAUGAUGAUUUUAUAAGAAGCUUGAAUUUGUUGAUUAAUGAUGAAGAUGUUGAUGAUGUUAAUGAUGGGGAAAGAAAGCAAGAAUUUGAUGCUCCUCUUAGCAACUACUCAAGAAUGAUCAUGGAUUCAGAAUUUUGGGCAGAUGGUUUGUUUUGAUUUGAAUUUUGUUCUACCAUUUACUUGUAAUUUAAUUUCUUCUAAGUUUUAUAUAGAGAAUAAAGAGUGAAUCAUAUCAAUUAGGAAGAACACAAACAUGUUUAGCAUUAUUUUUCAACAACUUUAAUUUACCUUGUCAUGGAAAAAUAUAUGUACAAGAUCAUGGAAAUAUGUUUAUUGCUAACUUUUUUAAAGUCUUUUUCA